GCUGAGGGGGAGGACAACCUGAAGAAAAUGCAGCUGAUGGAGCUUGCCAUUCUCAAUGGGACCUACAGAGAUGCCAAUGUCAAGACACCCACCGCUGCCUUCCCUCUAGCGACGCCUCAAGUGCCCCGGAUCAUCACUGGCCCGACACCCGUCCUGCCCCCCACCCUGCGAAACCCCGCCCCCGUCACCACGCCCACAAUCAUGCCUCUGAUCCGUCAGAUCCAGAGCUCCGCCCUCGUGCCGGGAGCUAACCCGCAUCCGGCGCUGGUGCAGCAAGGCCCCGAAUCUGGAAUCAUCUACACGCCUUACGAGUAUCCCUACACGCUUACUCCCUCCAUAUUGGAAUACCCGAUCGACUCAACUGGAGUAUUAGGUAUGGCAUUCCCAACCAAAGGCUAAGUGAUAGCAACCCUUCCUAGCACACACGGACUGGCUUUCAGAUAUCUCCCUCCCCUGCUGUUUACUCCCACUCACACACACGCACGCACGCACGCACGCACGCACGCACGCACGCACGCACGCACGCACACACACACAUUUGUCCCUCAGAGCAAACACCCCAUUCGCUCAUACUUUAGGAUGACAGAUUACUCGACAGUAGUCAAGUGUCCAUUCCUGUUAAUUUCCUCUUUGUAUUAGCAGACUAGCAUUGUGGUGUGAAAACUACUUAACUUUUUUUAUUUUUAAUAAUUCAGCUUCCGCUUGUAAUUGUUAACACAUGUUAGUGAACCCGUAGAUGUUUUAGAGCUGCUAUUUAACACAUGAUAAAUGCUUAUUUUGAUCACAGAGCUAAAAAAGAAAAAGUGAUUUUUGCUUACAGCUGAUGUUGAAUCUACUAGUGAAGCUUAGUUGGAAAUUAGCAGUUUGGAUUAAUAUUUUCUCUAGAGAGAGAGCGAGAGAGAGAGAAAAAGACCACAAAACAACAACAACAACAAAAAGAUCAGUCUCUUAGAUACAAGAUGUUUUAUUUUUUAUCACCCUCAGCCUUGAACACUUGGUAAAUUCCUGGUUUCACUCAUGUUGGUGCCAUGGGUCGAUUGUUUGAUGUCUUUCUGACGAGUAACCUUCUGUGUUUUGUUUUGGAAAUAUCAAUGGAUGUUAGCAGGUGCCAUGACCACUAAGGUACGACGCCACGACAAGCGAAUCCAUCCUUACCAAAGGGUAGUGACCACAGACAGAGGUUAGUUAGCUCACCAGCCACUUUAUUUGUAUAUGUGUGUGUUAGUGUGUGUGCAUGCGGACCAAUGGACCAGUUUCAGUUUACUGUAAAACGGCAUGCCUAAAAUAAAUAAAUAAAUAGAAAUAACUGUGUCAGGCGAAAAGGGUGGCAGGCUGGAGCAGCUUCGUUGUGAAAUGUGAAAGAGAGGAGGGAAGUGAGUGAGGGAAUUGGGGGGGAGGGACCGCGUCAGACAGCUGCAGCGGUUGUCUCUGUUCGCCUGUUAACUUUAAAGUGGACGCCUCGCGGGGUCGGGACCCUCCGAGUUAGAAUGGAUCGCUCCGUUCAUGUGACUCGGUCCUUGUGACUCCUGAGCCGUCCCCUUGGAAACUUUGUUUUCCCUCCUCAGUACUUACUUCUGAUCACUGUGGGACGUUUUAUUUAUGCUCAACUUCAUUCCACUAGAUUUCCACUGAUUAUUUUAUAUACUGUAUAUGUAAUGAAUUAAAUCCUGUGUGACGCCCACUUCUUACAUGACAGUUAAAAGUAAGAUCGUCUAAAGAUCAUCCAAUUGAUUGUGGUCUUUAAGUUUUACUACUAAAACACAGCGUGUGGUAACUACUGAAGUCUGUGUUACAAGCUCUUUUGUAUGAAAUAUUGUUGUUUGUGGUCUUAUCAGUCGCCCACUGGACUUUAUCAUUGGGACUGUUUACAUCUUUCAUUUAUUUCCUAGCCAGAGUGGUGCUGUUACCAUGUAUUUAGCUGCAAAAUAAAUUUGUAUAUAGAGAUUUUAAGGAUUUAAGUUCUUAUAUGAAGCUUAUGGAAUAAGAUCGCUUGAAAAUACUUAUAGUUAGUUUUUUUUUUAGUUUGUAAAUUUUUAUCUUUGUUUUAUGAUAUGCUUUUUAUAGAUGAAGUGUCUCUAUGUUUAUUCAAAGUGUGUAGCUACUACUGUUUUAGCCACUGCCAAGGUGGCAAUGAAGGCAGUGUUUUGCUCUGUGUAUUUAAGGUGAGAUAACCUUCUCGGUAUACAGGCAUUGAGACUGUUAUAUGCAAUAGAAAUGGAAAAAUGGACUAGCUAGCUACAAAAAAUGUGUGUGUGAGCAGUGGUGCUCUCUUUGUACACAAUGGACAAAAAAAACACUAAAAGGCAAUAAAGAUGAGUGUUGAAACAAAUCUCUAAAGCGAA